AUAAUGUUAGUUAUCAAUAAAACACAAAAAAACAUUUUUAAAUCCUAACGAUAACUCAUAUCUUAUCUUUAAACUUUUCAAUGUGCGCGGCCUCUCAUAAAUAAUUUCAUUGUAGUUAAACAUUACGUUGUUAAAAUGUACGCAAGAGUUUUCAGUUUCUUGGUGGUUAUUAGUUUAGCGGUACAAGUACGAAGUGAAACUAGAGUUGCAAUAGCUCACCUUAUAUCACAGAAUGUGACCGGCAGCAUAACAUUUACGGAGACGGCGAAUGGAAUUCGUGUUAGUGGUACUAUAACUGGUUUGGACGUUGGAAAGUACGGUUUCCAUGUACAUGAAUUGGGAGAUACGAGUACAUGUGACGCAGCCGGUGCCCACUUCGACCCAGACGACAACACGCACGGAGGUCGAGACCAUGCAGUACGACACGUUGGUGAUUUAGGAAACGUACAAUUUGUAGGUACCGAAAAUCCCGUGGCAAAUGUUGAUUUUGUAGACAAUGUGAUAUCACUACGAGGCCGGAAUAGUAUUAUCGGACGUACAUUGGUCCUCCACGAGCAGGAAGACGAUCUAGGUUUGGGAGGAAAUGAAGGUUCUCUUAACACCGGUAACGCUGGCCCGAGGAUCGGCUGUGGAGUUAUAGGUAUACGUUCCCCCUCCGGCCCUUGGAACUCGUCUGCAUCAGUUUUUCCUUCAUUAUUCCUCCUUACACUUACUGCCGCUUUUGUUAUCGGUAAAUAAUGUAGAUACCGUCUAUAUUUUUAAUGAUCUUUGAACUUGUAAUUUAAUUAAAUUAAAAAGUUAAA